AAUUCCGUCAUCUCGAAAUACUAAUAUUACAAGUGCAAUAAAUUACUACAAAUUGGCGUCGCGAUGGAGCUAAGUAACCUGGGAAAAUUCCCCAUUAAUGGGUCUCCGCGGGAGAUUGCUGAUUAUUUGGAAUGCUUCGAUGCGUGGUGCAUUUCCAAGAAUGUUCGGGAUGACAAAAUACCUGCUCAUUUCAUCACUGCUAUUGGGCUUGAUGCAUAUAGCCUGGUGAAGAAUCUGGCGUUUCCAGAUAAACCCAUUUCUAUGUCAUAUGACAAGAUCCGUGAGCUUCUGACAAAUCACUUUCAUGUGACUACAUUUGAGACGAGAGAGAGGGCUCACUUCAACAAACUGGUACGUUCUCCCAACCAGAAGACUAGAGACUUCAUUCUUCAACUUCAAGCCUCAAAGUGUAAUUUUGGAGAUCAGCUGCAUACACAACUACGUGAUCGUCUAAUUGCUGGAAUCAACAUUCCUAAAUUAGAGAAGGAGUUAAUUCAGAUUCCUUCUUGUACGUUUCAAACUGCUAAAGAUGUAUGUAUCACAUAUGAAGAUGUCAAUAAUGAAUACUCUGCUCCUACUACGUCAAUGUCUGAUGUUAUGCUUUCUAAAGUCGAAAAUACAAGUGGGUCAUGGAAAGCAAUCCAAACUGCCGUCCACAGGUAAUAGAAUGCAGCCAGAGAUCAAAAACAUUAAACCAUGUUUAUCCUGUGGAAAGUUACAUCUACGAAGCACUUGCCGUUUUAGGGGUGCUAAGUGUCACAAAUGUGGUAAAGUUGGACACAUCAAGACGGUUUGCAGAAGUUCGAAUACUUAUGUGGCUCAACAUUCUUAUAAUUCUCCCAAGCUGUCUAGUAAAAUGGAGUCAAUGUGUCUUUCAACCUUUCAAAAUACUCAAGCUAAUCCGAUGAAAACCUCCACUACAAGUUUUAUUUUUAUUUUAUUUUUUUUUUUUU